AGAAUAAGGAUAAAGUUUCAUAGUGUUGCCCUGGUUGUCUCCAGUCUCUGACAGAAAGAAAUCUGUUGUCUCUGGAUAUACCUAUUAUUAUUCUGGACAUUUCCCAUGGAUGGAAUCUACUUAUACAAUUCUUAUUUAGGUUUUUUUCAUGUGACAGUUUUUUGGUUUUUUUGACCCAGGAUUUCUCUGUGUAGCCUUGGUUGUCCUGGAAUUCUCUCUGUAGACCAGGCUGACCUCAAACUCACAGAGAUCUACAUGACUCCCUGGAGUGCUGGAACUGGCCUGGGUAACCACCAUGUACCAGUUUUUUAAGAGUUUAUCCCAGUGGAGCCUAUCCUGGUACUCCAGAGGCAGAGGUAGGCAGAUCUUCUGAGUUUGGGGCCAGCCUAGUCUCUAUAGUAAGUUUCAGGACAGCCAGGCCUGUGAAAAAAAAACUGUCAAAAAAAUUUUUUUUUUUUUUACUGCAUUUUAUGGUGGCAUCCAAUUCCUCAAAGGUAUGUCUAUGCUAUGAUUUGUUGACCUCUUCAGUAGUUCAACAUUUGGGGUCUUCUCACCUUUGGACCACUGUGAAAUAGUAUUAUGAAGCUGGACAUAUGCCUGUAACCCCAACUCUGGGGAGGUGGAGACGGAAAGAUGAGAAAUUGGCUUCUUCACUGCGAGUUUGAGGCCAUCCCGAGUUACAACAGAUCUCAUUGAGGGCUUGCCAUCGUGUACAUUUUUAAUAAAAUCGACCUUUGGACGGAAAUUGUGCAGUGGGAGUGAACGAAAUGCCUCAUUCUAAAGAGACCAAAAGCCAAGAUUCAUCUUUUGACUUCGCUCUGUAGACUCCUGGGUCAUGAUGCGUUAGAGCCUUGUUUAUUAACUGUUAACUAAGGGAUAAAUCCGCCUCCCUCUCAACAAACGCUGCAGAUAUCAUAAGCCCCGCCCCCUCCCUCCUGAUUCGCGGUUUCCGUGCUCGUCCCACCUCCCCGGCGUCUAGAUUGGCAGUUCAGCCGCCCUCGCAGUUAGCGCGCUAGGAGAGAAGCAGCCACGCCCGCAACGCGAGCUGAGCAACGCCGAAGACAAUGGCAGGCUCGGCGUUGGCAGUUCGGGCUCGGUUCGGUGUCUGGGGUAUGAAGGUCCUGCAAACCCGAGGCUUCGUCUCGGACUCGUCGGAUAGCAUGGAUACGGGCGCUGGCUCCAUCCGAGAAGCUGGUGGAGCCUUCGGAAAACGAGAAAAGGCUGAAGAGGAUCGGUACUUCCGAGAGAAGACUAAAGAACAGCUGGCUGCCCUGAGGAAACACCAUGAAGAUGAGAUUGACCACCAUUCGAAGGAGAUAGAGCGUCUGCAGAAGCAAAUUGAACGCCAUAAGAAGAAGAUCCAACAACUAAAGAAUAAUCAUUGAAUGCGCGCAGUCGGUCCCUCACAGAGUGGCCCGUAUCACUCCCCACGUCUGUAGACACAUGGCUUUGAAUGAUUACUAUUUGGUCUGUGUGCUACUAACAGAUAAUAAACGAUCACCAGGAAA